CAUCAGAAACUGGAGCGGGAAGCCAGGAUUUGUCGUCUGCUAAAACAUCCAAACAUUGUUCGACUUCAUGACAGCAUUUCAGAGGAGGGAUUCCAUUACCUCGUCUUUGACCUUGUCACUGGAGGGGAGCUGUUUGAAGACAUUGUUGCUAGAGAAUACUACAGUGAGGCAGAUGCCAGCCACUGCAUCAGUCAGAUCCUGGAGAGCAUCAGUCAC